GGUGGGGUUGGAGGGCAGUGGCGUGGAGGUAGAGUGGGGUUGGAGGGUAAUGGUGAUAGGUAAUGUGGACGAGAGAGUGAAUGAUAGGGUGUUAUAUGAUAUUCUCAUACAAGCAGGGCGUGUUGUGGACUUGCAUAUUCCCCGAGAUAAGGAAACCAAUAGACCAAAAGGUUAUGCCUUUGCAGAAUAUGAGACUGAAGAGAUUGCAGACUAUGCUGUCAGGCUUUUCUCAGGCCUUCUGACUAUUUAUAAACGAACACUGAAAUUUGCGAUUUCUGGACAAGACAAGCCCUCAACAAAUUUGCUCAUGGCAAUGCCGCCCCCAUUAAAUUCUUCUCUCAAACCGAGGCCCCAUCCUGUACCCUAUAUCAAUGGAGAAACCUCUCCACAUUCAGCAAGGUUAUCGACGCCGUGCAGGUUUUCAGCCCACCAAAUACAUGCCCAAGUUCCCCCUGGUGUAUUACCCCACACUAAUGGACAUAGAUCAGACUAUGACCACACCAAUUAUGACUAUGGUCGAAGAGUAUUUGGGGCAACAAUGGAUAGUACUAGUCGCUCUAGGUUGGACCACUAUGAUACAAGUAACCCAACCAGCUAUCCCUCCUAUUAA